UUGAGUAGCAGGAUAUUUUCUAAAAGCUUUACAUUUCAGGUGCAAAAACAUCUUCAUUUGAAAGUGGACCGUGAUAAUAUAACUCCAUUUGACUUGUAUAAUCGCAUACUGAGAUUUAAAAAUUAUCUUGUCGCUCUAGUCAAUACGGUCGCCAUGUAUGGACUUUUAAAUUUGAUAUUUUUCCCCUUGGUAUUUUUAUAUCAAAUUCUGUACGCAUUUUUCACAUUAUCUGAACUAAUAAAACGUCGUCGUGAUGCUUUGGGGAUGCGUCGGUAUUCGAACUAUGGCAGGUAUCGUAUGAGGCACUUCAAUGAGCUUAAUCAUGAGCUGACGGCACGUCUGAAUAGGUCGCAUGUCCAUGCAAAUGCUUAUUUGAACCAAUUUACCUCGGCAUUGACCGAGAUAUUCGCAAAGAAUGUUGCAUUUAUUGCUGGAGCCAUUGCUGGAGUUUUGGCUAUCCUUGUCGGCUUGGGACGAGGACGUUCUACAGGUGAGGCCUCUACGUGA